AUGGAGCCAUCGCCACCACUCAAAUCCAAGAGCACCACCACACCGCCGCCGCCGCCGCCGCCUCGGCCGCCACUCCUCCGCCGCUUAGUAACUCUCGACACGACGCUUUCCCAACGUCUCCAUGUCCUCGCCAAACCUUCCCUUCCCCACUUCAUCCUCCUCCUCCUCGAAAUCUCCGCCGACUUCCGCUUCUUCUUUCCCCUCUCCCUCUCCCUCCUCGUCGCCCCAACCCUAACCCUAACCCCAUCCCCAAUCCAAAUCCCAGGCCCAGGCGCAAGCCUAAGCCCAAUUCAAAUCCUCCGCCCUCUCCUCUCCCCGCUCAUCCUCGGCCUCCUCCUCGACCUCGCCCUCAUCGGCCUAAUCAAGCUCCUCUUCCGCCGCUCCCGCCCUCUCUACAACAAGAACAUGAACGUCGCCGUUUCGGUCGACCACUUCUCCUUCCCCAGCGGACACGCCUCCAGGGUCUGCUUCGUCGCCGCCCUUCUCCACCUCUCCGCCUCAGCCCUCGCCGAUGCCCUCGCGCUCCUCCGGCCAACGUCUCCGUUCAUUGACCGCUGGAUCGGCGCGGACCCGGUCAGCGCCAUUAGUGUUUUGGUCUUGGUUGCUUGGACCUGGGCCUACGCCACCUCCUUCUCUAGGAUUGUGCUGGGCAGGCAUUUCGUCACCGACGUUUGCGCUGGGGCGUGUUUGGGCAUGUUUGAGGGUCUCGUUGCGUUUCGCUUCCUCAGUUCUGUUGGUGACAUUGGUAUCGACGCUGGCAUUGAUGGCAGUGGUAGUAUUAGAGCCACUUCCAUGGCAGCGCAACGACAAUAUUUAUAUGUAUAG